UUGGAUGAGUCCAGUAAACGAUGGGCGGGAUCAAUACCGUUUAAGUUAGGGCUUCAGGUAUUUUAUGCUCCUUCUCCUUCCUUCAAGACCCUGAGCCGCAGCAUCUCGGGCGCCGGAAGUUGGAGGUAGAAAGCUAACGCGGCGUCGGCAUACCGUAUAAUCAUGGUGAAGCACAAUAAUGUAGUGCCAAAUGGUCACUUCAAAAAGCAUUGGCAAAACUAUGUGAGGACCUGGUUCAACCAGCCUGCACGAAAGACCAGAAGACGUGUUGCUAGACAGAAGAAGGCUUUGAAAAUCUUCCCUCGCCCAACAUCUGGUCCCCUCCGCCCAGUUGUUCGGUGCCAGACUCUGAAGUACAAUAUGAAACCAAGAGCUGGUAGAGGCUUUACUCUCGAGGAACUCAAGGCUGCAGGAAUUCCCAAGAAGCUUGCACCCACAAUUGGCAUUGCAGUUGAUCACCGUAGGAAGAACCGCUCCUUGGAAGGUCUCCAGGCCAAUGUGCAAAGGCUGAAGACAUACAAAGCUAAGCUAGUCAUUUUCCCAAGACGUGCAAGGCAAUUUAAGGCUGGUGAUUCCACUCCCGAAGAGCUUGCUACGGCCACCCAGGUGAAGGGUGACUAUAUGCCUUUUGUGCUUGACAAGCCUUCAGUUGAGAUUGUGAAAGUCACAGAUGAGAUGAAGGCUUUCAAGGCUUAUGGAAAACUUCGUGUUGAGAGAAUGAAUGCUAGGCAGGUUGGUGCCAGGUUGAAGAAGGCUGCAGAGGCUGAGAAGGAAGAGAAAAAGUGAAAACCCUGAUGCAAUCCAUGACCAAUUAGCCGAAGAGAGAAUCUGUUUGCUUUUUGUCACUUGUCAGUUUUUUUUUUAUUUUAAAAAAGAUUUGACGGUUGCUUUCAAAUGUUGGGACUAACGGUUCCUCUAGAAUCUCUAGAUGUACCACUUUGCUACUUAAUUUCAUCAUGCUUUCAACUUCAUCUA